AUGGGUGUCAUCUUCUACCUCCUUCACCCGAACCAGCUCCGUUCCAUCAUUCAAUGGAAGGUCUGGCACGAGCCUGUUCACCGCCGCGACCCCUCCAAGGAGGACCCUACCCUGAGGGCAUGCUUCGAACACCUCAACAAGACGAGCCGCAGUUUCUCCGCUGUCAUACAGGAGCUCAACCCCGAGCUGCUGGUCCCCGUCUGCCUGUUCUACCUCGUCCUGCGCGGCCUCGACACCAUCGAAGAUGACAUGACGCUCAGCAUCGAGGAGAAGGAGCCGCUGCUGCGCGAGUUCGACCAGUACAUGGUGAAGGAUGGCUGGACAUUCACCAAGAACGGCCCUAAUGAGAAGGACCGUGAUCUGCUCGUGCACUUUGACGAUGUCAUCACCGAGCUGAAGAAGAUCAAGAAGCCCUACUUCGACGUCAUCAAGGACAUCACCAUCAAGAUGGGCAACGGCAUGGCCGACUACGCAAAGAACGCCGCCUUCAACGAGCAAGGCGUCGCCACCAUCAAGGAGUACGAGCUGUACUGCCACUACGUCGCCGGCCUCGUCGGUGACGGCCUCACCCGUCUCUUCGUCGAGGGCAACAUGGCCAACCCCAAGCUCCUCGAGCGCCCCGAGCUCACCGAGUCCAUGGGCCAGUUCCUGCAAAAGACAAACAUCAUCCGCGACGUCCACGAGGACUACCUCGACAAGCGCCGCUUCUGGCCCAAGGACAUCUGGAGCAAGCACGUCGACACCUGGGACGACCUAUUCAAGCCCGAGAACCAGCGCAAGGCCCUCGAGUGCAGCUCCGAGAUGGUCCUCAACGCCCUCAAGCACACCGAGGAGUGCCUCUUCUACAUGGCCGCCAUCAAAGACCAGAGCGUCUUCAACUUCGUCGCCAUCCCCCAGAGCAUGGCCAUUGCCACGCUAGAGCUCGUCUUCCGCAACCCCGCCAUCUUCAACAGCCACAUCAAGAUCACAAAGGGCGACGCCUGCCAGCUCAUGUCAGAGUCAACACAGAACCUCUACGUUGUGUGCGAGGUUUUCAGGAGAUACAUCCGCAAGAUCCACAAGAAGAACGACCCGCGCGACCCCAACUUUGUGCAGAUCAGCGUGCAAUGCGCCAAGAUUGAACAAUUCAUCGACACACUGUUCCCGAAACAGGACCCCAAAAUGCUCGGAGGAUCGGCGAAACAGAAAGAGCGGGGCCAGCCCGGCAUGGACCCAGGCGAAGCCUUCGUAUUGGGUGGCUUGGUCCUGUUGACCCUCUUUUUGCUUUCUGGUCUUAUGAUCGGAACUGCCUGGUUCUUUGGUGCGCGCUUCGACUCGCUCUGGAAAACGGACGGCGUUUACUGGCCCAGCACGGAGCCCGGCUCGGCGCAGCCGAUUGCCCACAAGGAGCUCUAA